UAAAGGAGAGAAGAAAGGGGCGGUGGAGAAGUGGGCGACAGAUAAAGAAGCAGUAGUUGAAUAGGUAGUGAGAGAGAGUGAGAGCUAGUAUAUAUACGCACUAACGCAGAGAGAUUAAGGGAGGGGGAGGUGAUGGAAAUGGCGGAGGAGCUGGGUCACUUGCUGGUGUUCGGGUUCCUCUUCUCGCUGGCGGCGUACAUGGUGGCGCCGGCGAUGACCGACGUGACGAUGGCGGCGCUCUGCCCCGGCCGCGACGAGUGCUCCCUCGCCAUCUACCUCACCGGCCUCCAGCAAGCCAUUACCGGGCUAGGUGCUCUGGUGGCGACUCCGAUUGUGGGCAACCUGUCGGACAGAUAUGGUCGCAAGACGUUGCUCCUUCUCCCUGCAACUGCCUCUAUCCUUCCACUGGUAAUUCUGGCGUGCAACCGGACGAAGGCCUUCUUCUACGCCUACUACGUCACCAGGACGCUGACGGCCACGGUCGCCGAAGGCAGCAUGUCCUGCCUUUCGCUUGCCUACGUCGCCGACAAGGUGCCGCCGUCACGCCGGGCGGCGGCCUUCGGCGUGUUCUCCGGCGUCUGCGUCGCCGGCUUCGUCGCCGGCACCGUGGCCGCCCGCUUCCUCACCGUCCCGUCCACGUUUCAGGUGGCCGCCGUGUCGGCGGUGGCGGCGGCGGUGUACAUGCGGGCCUUCGUGCAGGAGACGGAUGGCGGAGCGUCGCUGCUGCGCGCCGCCGGCGACGAAGAGGAGAACUCCCAUCCGCUCUGCGUUCCUUCCUGCAGCAGCAGCAGCGAGGACGUCGCGCCGCCGACUCUUCCGCCUCUCCGGAAAGCGGCGUCGCUGUCGGAAAUGGCGGCCCUCCUUACCACCAGCUCAACGUUCUCGAGAGCAGCACUCGUGACAUUUUUCCACACCCUUGGAGAGACAGGCUUGCAAACUGCGUUAUUGUAUUACCUCAAGGCACAAUUCCACUAUACAAAGAACCAGUAUGCCAAUUUGCUUCUUGUUAUUGGCAUUGCUGGAAGCCUCUCACAGCUAGUUAUUAUGCCUAUGCUAGCACCGAAGCUGGGAGAGCAGAAGCUACUGAUUAUAGCACUUUUGGGGAGCUGCAUGCAUUGUGUUCUAUACAGCAUAGCAUGGUCGCCAUGGGUUCCUUACCUUGGUGCAAGCUUUUUUAUUAUAGGCAUGUCGGUCAACCCCUGUAUAAGGAGCAUUGUAUCCAAAAGAGCAGGGCCUUUUGAGCAGGGAAUGGCUCAAGGGUGCCUGACCGGAAUAAGCUCAACUGCAAAUGUGAUAUCGCCUAUAGUUUUUACUCCUCUCACCGCUUGGUUCCUAUCAGAAACUGCACCUUUCAACUUCAAAGGUUUCAGCCUUGCAUGUGCUGGAUUUGCAAUGUUGAUAGCACUUGCAGUGAGCAUUAAUAUGAGACCAGCAGAACUUCAGCCAGAUAGCAAGUAGAAGAUCCUUGAGUACUCUAUGUUUGUGGUAAAGAACAAGAAUAUAGAUGUACAUAUGCAGUUGCUAAUUUUUAUCUCUCUUUGUAAGUUCAUGUCCAUGGCCAUGGUCAAUUGUUGGUACUGACAAAGGACAUACAAUAUGCACCAUAUCUGGUAGUAGACAAUGCACAUAGUGAUGCAAAAUAUCAAAAGUAGAAGAACACCAA